UUGACCUUUUCGACGGCAUCCGCUUUGGUCUGAGUUGCAGAGGUCGGUCACAGCUUCUCUCUCGUCUCCUCCAUUGAGGUUCAGUAUUUGGUGUGAUACUCUGCAACCUUCUACACUAUGUUCUUUGACGGAUAUGGAUAUCAUGGGACUUCAUUUGAGCAAACAUAUCGGUGUUAUCCAGCAUCUUUCAUUGAAAAGCCACAAAUUGAAACUGGUGACAAAAUCAUAAUGCCUCCUUCAGCCCUUGAUCGCCUUGCAUCUUUGCAUAUUGAUUAUCCGAUGUUGUUUGAGCUUCGGAAUGACGUUACUGAACGACUUUCCCACUGUGGUGUUCUGGAGUUCAUUGCUGAAGAGGGAAUGAUCUAUAUGCCUUAUUGGAUGAUGGAGAAUAUGCUUUUACAGGAGGGAGAUGUUGUGCGUGUGAAGAAUGUUACACUGCCUAAAGGAACUUAUGUUAAAUUACAACCUCACACAAAGGACUUCUUGGAUAUAUCCAACCCAAAAGCUAUCUUGGAGACAACCUUGAGAAAUUUUUCAUGCUUGACAACCGGGGACAGUAUCAUGGUGGCAUAUAACAACAAGAAAUAUUACAUCGAUAUAAUUGAAACGAAGCCUUCAAAUGCAAUAAGUAUUAUCGAGACUGACUGUGAAGUGGACUUUGCACCCCCCUUGGAUUACAAGGAACCUGAAAAGCCAGUUGCACCACUUCCAACAGGAAAGGCACCAAUCCAAGAGGAAGAAGCCCCUGCAGAAGCUGAACCCAAAUUCAAUCCCUUCACUGGAGUUGGAAGGCGUUUGGACGGGAAACCAUCUAAGCAACAGCCGCCACUAUCUUCAACUUCAAUGUCCAAAGACAAGCAAAUUGAUACAAGAAAUGUUAGUGGUCAGACUUCUGCUGGGUCGAGCUCUCAGAACGCUACGAGGCAGUCCCAAGGAAAGCUCGUUUUUGGAGGAAAUGCAAGCCGAAAUCCGAAGGAGACUAAGAAGGAAGCUGAAAAAGAAGGUAAACAAGAGCAACCCAAAGAGAAAGAAGAGCCCAAGUUUCAGCCUUUUGGUGGGAAGAAGUAUUCAUUGAGAGGUUAAUUAUUAGAUCAGCAAUCUAUUGUUUAACUUUAACACUACUUAUCCUGUUUCAUCUAUGCUUUUGUGAUGAGCAAUGCAACAGUUUCAUAAGUGAAAAUUGAGUUGAAAUGUAAGAUUUUCGUGCACAGAAUCUUUUUUCUUUUACAUAUCAAAAAUUGUACAUUGCGUAAAUCAGAAGUCGGUGCUAUUCUCAAUAUCAGAAAGAUUUUCAA